AUGCAGGUGCUGGGGGGGUUCUCCGCCGUGACGCGCAUGGCGCGUGGCAUGCUGGCCGUCGCCCCCGCCGCUAUGGGGGAGGCCAUGGGCGGGCUGGGAGGCAUGGGCGGCAUGGGUGGCUAUGAGGGGCGGCUGCUGGGCGGCAGGGAUGCGGAGGAGCGCAUGCCUGCUGCUGACGCAUGGGGGGGCGGGUGGGGGGGGGAGGAGGAGGAAGAGGAGGAGGGCGAGAGUGAGGGCAGCCUGAGCCGCCUUACCACCAUCAAGGUGCGGUUCGUGCUCUUGGGGGAGGGAAUGAGGGAUGGGGGGAAGAGGGGAGUGCGGAGUGGGGGGAGCACGGAGGAGAGCACAGGCGUGGGCGAGUUUGAACUGUUGGACGACUUUCAGGACAAUUCCUCCUCCCUCGUGCCGCCUCGCCCUCUCCUGCCACCACUCUCCGCAGACGAGUGGCGGGGGUAUCAGGACAGUGAGGGGCGGGUGAGCGAGGCGAACAGGGAGGCGGUGUUGCAGCGCAUCUUCUACAGCGGGAUGGACCCACAGCUGCGCUCCCAGGUGUGGCCACGCCUGCUGGGCUAUGUGCCGUGGGAUGCCAGCCACGCGGAGAGGGAGGAGCUGCGGCAGAGGCAGAUCACCGCCUACAACUCGCUACUGCUGCAGUGGCAGAGUAUAAGUGAGGAGCAGGCGAGGCGGUUCACCAAGUACAGGGAGAGGUGCAGCCGCAUCGACAAGGAUGUUGUGCGCACAGACCGGCAUCUGCCCUUCUUUGCGGGGGAGGGCAAUGAGAAUCUGGAGCGGGUGCGCCGCAUCCUCAUCACCUACGCCUUCUACAACUUCGACCUCGGCUACUGCCAGGGCAUGGGAGACCUGUUAGCACCGCUGCUGAUGGUGCUGGGGGACGAGGUGGAGGCGUUUUGGGCGUUCACAGCGUACAUGGAGACCAUGGCGCCCAACUUCCACCGCGACCAGAGCGGCAUGCACGCCCAGCUGCAAGCCCUCUCCCAGCUCGUGCAGCUGGUGGACCCGCCGCUGUACGAGUACCUGGAGAGCGUGGACUGCCUCAACUUCUUCUUCUGCUUCCGCUGGAUCCUCGUGCGCUUCAAGAGGGAGUUUGAGUUCGAGGAUACAUGCCGGCUGUGGGAGGCGCUGUGGAGCUGCCACCUGUCGCAGCACCUGCACCUCUUCGUUGCUGCCGCCGUGCUUAAACGCCACCGCCGCCGCAUCAUGGAUGAACAGAUGGAGUUUGACUCGCUGCUCAAGUUCGCCAACGACCUCAGCUGCCACAUCGACCUGGACGCCGCCCUCAGAGACGCCGAGGCGCUGUGCGUCCUGUCCGGGGAGAGGGGGCAAGCAUGCAUGCCAGUGCCACCACCACCUCUGGAAGAGAUGUUUGAAGGGCCCGAGACAGGAGAAGAGGAAGUGGAUGACUGA